UUAAAAAAAAAAAAAGAGUGCGGCAUAAUGGAAUCUUUCCCAAACACUCACUCAGUUUUCAUUGAUAAAGCUCUUUGUUUUUACAUUGACAUAUUUUGUAUAACAGUUUUAUUUAGAUAUACGUACAGUGAACUUUACCUUUUUAAAGUGUACAGUUCGUGGCUUUAGUAUAUCUACAGGUAGUGGCAGGCACAACCACCACUGUCUCAUUCCAGAACAUUUUCAUCUCUCCCCAAAGAAACUCUCCAUCAGCAGUUACUCCUCCUUAUUUCCCCCUGCUCGGAGCCCCCAGUACCUGCUGAGCUACUUUCUGUUUCUAGAAUUGGCCUAUUUGGACUCCUUUCACAUACCAUGUUUUCAAGAUUCAUCCACUGUAGCGUGUAUCCACACUUAGUUUCCUUUUAUUGCUGAACAAAAGUCUAUAUACCACAUUUUUUAAAUCUACUCAUCAGCUGAUGGACGUUUGAGUUUCUGCUUUUUGGCUCUUUGGCCUUUUUUCCCAUGUUUAAUUUUUUAAACAGAAUGUAAUUUUCAGAACAGUUUUAGAUUUACAGGAAAAUUGAGCAGGCAGUACAAGAUAAAAAGACAGUUGGGUCCCAUAUCUCCCUCCCCCACACUCAGCAUCUUACAAUAGUAUGGCUCAUUUGUUACAAUUAGUGAGCCAAUACUGAUAGAUAAUCAUUACCCAAAGUCUGUAGUUUAUUCAGAUAUCCUUAGUUUUUACCUAGUGUCCUUUUUCUGUUCCAGGAUGCCAUCCAAGGUGUUGGUUGUCAUGUCUCUGUUUGGCUAUGACAGUUUUUUAGCCUUUCCUUGUUUUGGUAACCUUGGUAGUUCUCAGGAUGAUUUCAAUUGGGUACAUAAGAUGCUCCUCUGUUGGAAUUUGUCUGUUUUUCUCCUGAUUUGAUGGGUUGUGGGGAGCGAGAUCACAGAAUAUUAUUUUUUAUCACAUAUCAAGGGUAUAUACUAUUAACAUAGUCUAUGACUAUUGAUGUUAACAUUAAUCACCUGAUGACCUGGCUGAAGUGUGUGUCAGGUCUCUUCUCUUGUAAGAUUAUUCACCUGCUCCGCCUGCCCCCAUUCUGUAGUCUUUGGAAGGGAGCCGCUCAGCGCUGCCCACCACAGUAAAGGAGUCAGUGUGUUCCACCUCCUCCAGGUGGAGUAGUUCCAUUAUUUGGAAUUCUUCUGCAUGGGAGAUUUGCUUCUUUCCCCCAUUUAUUUUUAGGGUCUUGUUUUGUUUUAAAGCAAGCUCUACGUCCAGUGGGGCUCUUGAACUCGGAACCCUGAGAUUAAGAGGCACAUGCUCUACUGACGGAGCCAGCAGGGGCCCCUCCUUUCCCUCAUUUAUUGAUUUACUUGAUCAUUAAUUUUUAUCAGUAUGGACACUUGAAUAUUUAUUUUAUACUUUGGGUUGUAAUCUAAUCCUUCCUCAAAUUGCCAAGCUUGGGCUCCAGUGUGUGUGGGAGGGCUCUUUCAUUUGUCUCCUGUGCCCCCUUUGACGUACCUCCAAGAAUGGGGGUUGUUUCCGUUGUUUUGUUUUGGCAUGCCUUUCCUUUUCUCCUUUCAUUUUUAAAUAACCCAAAUCCCCACAGAAGUUGACUCUAGGAAAACUAACAAUACUCCCUUCCCAGGUAAUCGGAUUCCUCUGCUGCUGGCAGAAAGGUCCCUUACCUGCAGGGGGUUGACAGGGAGGCAGCUGGGAGCCUGAGUUUGAAUAAGACACACCUGUCUCAGCCCUCCUGGGGCUUAGUUAAGUAGAUCACACAAGUAGUAAUUGGUGAAUCUGGGAUUCAAACACAAAUCUGUUAGGCUCAAAAGUUCUGUCAUUUGUCCUACUUCAAGCUACAUUUGACUGAGAAGCCUGAAAGGGUGAGAACCUCAGGAGUAGAGGAUAAGCUUUUAAAAGACAUGAGAGAAAGCAGAUUUCAAAAUUUUAUCCUGAAGGGACAAGCUACUUUGGGUUUUGGGGGGUUUUUUUUGUUUUUGUUUUUUGUUAUAUUGUGCCCUUUUAGCUGGCUUCUGAUUUCUUUCUGAAAAUUCAUCCUAAAUCCAGAGUGGAAGUUUCACUCUGUGACAAUCAGUGGCAUAAUACAAUAUUUUCAUGCCGCAUUUUUGUUAGAUGUCUUCUCAAAUUCUUUUCACUAGUGGGUGGAUGUUAAAUGAUGACUAUAUACUGUUGCUCAGCAUUUCAGCAUAAGAUCCCUUUCUAGAACACACAAUAUAUUCCACUGAACUGCUACUCCAGUCCCUGAGCAGAUAGAUUUAAAUGAAGCCAAUCUAAAAAUCCUUACUUCCAAGAAUGUCAAGUGAGUUAAACGGAGCUCCUCUGCCGUGUCGCUCCUCCGCCGUAUCGCUCCUCCAGUGUAGGCAAUGACGACCCAGUAAUUUGGCAAAGUACUGAAACUGCACUCUUCCUUUGCCUUAUUUAAGUUACAACGUUAGUAUUUACUAUUAUAGUAAAAGUGCUUAAUGUUGGCUUUACAAAGGGGGGCAGAUAGAGCACAUGCGUGAGAGAUUGACUCUCAGACUGGUGCAUCUCUUGGUGUUCUGAGGCUGUUAUUCUGAAAACAGGAUUUUUCACACUGGCUCUGUACUGGUUAGGAUGUGGCAAAAACAGUGUAGUUGGUCCUGGACAUUUAAAAAAAUAUAUCAGUGGUCACUUGUUUUAUGAAACCCAUUUUAGUUACAGAAGUCUAUCUAUCCAAGAUUGUGACAUAAAAUAUAUUUCAUACUGUGGUUAAAUGUCAAAGGAGUUAGAGAAUCACUGAUGCAAGGGAACUUUGCUUUAGCUCUCCUGCUUUCCUUCCACCCUGAACUUCCAUAACUUAAUGCCAAGAACAUUUCAGCCUUUUCUGAAAAGCUGAGUCGGGGAGAACAUUUUGGGGAGCUAAGGUGGGGAGUAGAAGGGACCAUGCAAGCCUCCCUCACAUCCCCCUGAGCUCAUGGAUAUACUUAGAACAUUAAGAAUAUUUCAGUUCAUCAUUCUGGAUGAGGACGGAAUCCACCAAUGAAAAUGGGUGAAUCACCAGCUAUGAAACACGAAAACAUACUUUUACUGUUACACAUUGUUUUACAGUCAAGCACUGUGUCGACACUUAGUGCCCCCAUCCCCCGUUUCUGUCCUCCAAGGGCGAGGCCUGAGUGUCGAGGUAGCCAUAGAUUGUUGGGUACCAUAUUUUCCUGCCUCUUCUUUAUUUGCACGUUUUCGAAGCGCUUUAACAGCGCAUCUUCCUUGCUGGCGGGUGGGUGUAAGAAGGAGGAGGCUGAAGGUUCUUGCCCUGUCGGGUAACGUGCAGAGGACCCUCAUCAUUGGACUGCGUCGGGAGGAAGUGGGAGCUCUCCGAGGUAGGGGAAGAAGGGGUAUAAAGAGGGGAGGGAGCCAACCACAUAGAGACUCCAAGAAGCAUUAAUAAAAGGCAAAGUGCAUCUUUGCUGGACGGCGUUGGAAACGAGGAGAAACCAACAGAACACCACCAAAGGACAACCACAAGGGUUUCUGCUUUUUGGAACACUCUUAACCAAGGCCUCCAGCCCAGCCCCCCGCGAGCAAGGUGAGCGGCCGCCACCUCCCCUGCGUCUGCAGGACCUGUUCCUCCAUGAACUUGCCAAAACCCGACCGCCUCCACCCCGCACUGCAGCGCAGCCUCCGGAGCUCCGACGGGGAAGACGGUGAGAUCGACAUCCUGGGAGAGGAGGAAGAUGAAGACGAGGAGGAGGAAGAAGAGGCGGAGGAGAGCCAGCGGCUCCUAGAGCAGCUGCAAACGCCCGUCACGAAGGAGGCGCGGCGGGGCGCGGGCGCGCUUCCCGGAGAGAACCCCGAGAGCGGUGGCGCCCGGAGCGACUCCUCCAAGUUUGGCACCAAGUUCAGAGCAUCGAGCGGCUGUGCGGCGGCCUCUGGGGACGGCCCGCAGCCCGCGAAGCCGCCCUACUCGUACAUCGCGCUCAUCACCAUGGCCAUCCUGCAGAGCCCGCACAAGCGCCUCACGCUCAGCGGCAUCUGCGCCUUCAUCAGCGGCCGUUUCCCCUACUACCGCCGCAAGUUCCCCGCCUGGCAGAACAGCAUCCGCCACAACCUCUCGCUCAACGACUGCUUCGUCAAGAUCCCCCGCGAGCCAGGCCACCCCGGCAAGGGCAACUACUGGAGCCUGGACCCCGCCUCCCAGGACAUGUUUGACAACGGCAGCUUCCUCCGGCGCAGGAAGCGCUUCAAGCGCCACCACCCGCCCCCGGGAGUCCACCUGCACCACCCCUUGCCCCUGCCCGCCUCGCCCUCCGCCCUGCACGGCCCCUACCCGGGCCUGCUGCUCGGGCCCCCGGCCGCGCAGCAGCCAGUGCCGGGGGCUUACCCCGCCGCCGCCGCCGGGAGCCGCCCGUGCGCGCUGCUGCACCCUCACCCGCUUCGCUACCUGCUGCUGUCGGCCCCGGCCUACGCCGAGACGCCCAAGAAAGCGCAAGGCGCCGACCUGGCCGCCUCCGGCGCGCUCUCGGCACUGCAGACCUCUCUGCGCUCCCAGACUUGGGAGGAGGGCAAGGGGCUGGCGGCGCGGCAGGGAGACAGAUGCACCCCCUUCAGCAUCGAGAGUAUCAUGCAAGGGGUCCGGGGAGGGGGCACAAGGGCCGCGCAGAGUCUGCCUCCGACGCCGUGGGGCUACUGCCACCUGCUGCAGCGCCCGUCGUGCCUGUUGCACCACCGGGCCGCUACCCCCUUGCUGCACGUGUCCGCUGCGGCUGCCGCGGCCGCUGCUCGAACGAUUUUAGAGCAGCAGCCGCAGCAGCCCCAGCAGCAGGUCUGUACCAGCGGCUGCGCUCCCAGCGAGGGCGCUCUGCUGGGCCAACACCUGUCCGCCCCCGCGGCGCUGUUGGAGUGUCAGCCUGGAGCACAAGGCUCUAGGCUGACCACGGCGGCCAGCCUUUACGGCAGAGAGGGUAGCUUGCCAGCCUGCUGAAUAGCAUCCACACCCUGUCCUGGCGCUGACUCCGCGGGGCGCACUUGCAGCCAAGCUGCAGCGCAGAGCGAUGAGGGGUCCCGCUCUUCUCGCCGUCUGCUCUCACCCAUACCACCCAGCACAGCGGGAACAGGACGGGUGCACCUGAAUCCCUCAUCGGAACCACCACUAACUGAACCACAGUUCGGGUAGCUGCAAAAUAUUUACAAAGCUCAACUUGGAUACUGUUCAGACAACAGAAACAUAAACUUCGGAGGGCGGCAGCUCUUGUCCUUUCUUUUCCAGCCUCCACUUGUGGCGGCCAGGGCUUUUCCGCUUAUCCAUUUCCGAGGAAGUAUGAACGUGAGUGGGACAUUUUGUUCUGGUUAAAAAAAAAAGAAAGAAAUAUACAAUGUCCAAUGCACAACUUGUUUUCCCUUGUUCACUCCCUAGGAAUUGUAAAUAUUAGUCCCAAGUCAAGUGCAAACUACUUACGCUCUUUAUUUCUUCCUGAAGUGGAUGUGUAAUGUGGAAUUUUAAUUUCAAAACAUUUGUUUCUGAUCUGUGUGUCUAAUGUGUCAUCUUCCGUGGAAAGCUGUUAAAAUCAAAGCUAGCUAUAUAGACUAAAUAAAAUGCGAAAUCACUGCACUACAUCGUUUAUUUCACAUUACUUUGCAAUAAU